GUUAAACCUUCGCUUAACCCCUUUCUCUUCUCCUUCUCUCUCUCUCUCUGAAAUGUCAUCGAUCGUGAGACGAGCUAGGUCAUCCUCUCUCCCCAACUUCCUCGCAUGGCGUGCUUUAGGUUUCCGCACAAUCUGCUCCUCCGGCGGCUUCUCCCUCGCGCCGUCUAGCUCGCCGGCCUCCUCCGCGGGGAUCAAAGUUCUCGAAUCGUUCAAGGAGGAAUUCGAAGUCGGAUCUCGCGUUGUCACGCUCGAGACGGGGAAGAUCGCUCGGUUUGCAAAUGGUUCCGUAGUGCUUGGAAUCGACGAGACUAAAGUUCUCACCACCGUUACUUGUGCUAAGACUGAUUCGCCUCGUGAUUUCUUGCCUCUCACGGUUGAUUAUCAAGAGAAGCUGUUUGCUCAAGGUUUGAUUCCAAAUACGUAUAUGAGAAGAGAAGGUGCGCCUAAAGAGAGGGAACUUUUAUGUGGGCGGCUUAUUGAUAGGCCAAUUAGACCGUUGUUUCCUUCUGGUUUUUACCAUGAGGUUCAGAUAAUGGCAAAUGUUUUGUCAUCAGAUGGUAAGCAGGAUCCAGAUAUACUUGCAGCUAAUGCAGCAUCGGCUGCGCUUAUGCUAUCGGAUGUUCCGUGGGGAGGACCUAUUGGAGUUAUUCGAUUAGGAAGGGUAGGUGGGCGGAUUGUUGUGAAUCCAACUGUGGAUGAGCUUAACUCAAGUGAUCUUCAUUUGAUAUACGCUUGCACAAGAGAUAAAACUAUGAUGAUUGAUGUUCAAGCUCGUGAAAUCACUGAGAAAGAUCUUGCAGCUGCUCUGAGACUAGCUCACCCAGAGGCUGUUAAGUACAUCGAUCCUCAAAUUAGACUGGCAGCGAAAGCUGGGAAACAGAAGAAGGAGUAUAAAUUGUCCAUGCUUUCUGAGAAACUUUUAGAAAAAGUGUCUGACUUGGCUGCAACGCGUAUUGAAACCGUUUUUACCGAUCCUUCACGUGGCAAGUUUGAGCGUGGAGAGGCUCUAGAAAACAUUGGAAACGAUGUGCACAAAGUAUUUGAAGAAGAGGGCGAUCAAGAAAGCUUGAGCAUACUUCCAAAGGCUGUUGAUACAGUGAGAAAGAAGAUAGUUCGUUCAAGGAUGAUAUCAGACGGAUUUCGGGUCGACGGGAGACAUCUUGAUGAAGUUAGGCCCAUCUAUUGUGAAUCGCAUCUCCUACCUGCAUUGCAUGGGUCAGCACUUUUCUCACGUGGAGAAACUCAGGUGCUUUGUACUAUCACACUUGGCGCCCCAGGAGAGGCACAAAGAUUGGAUUCCAUUGUUGGCCCACCAAAGAAGAGAUUUAUGCUUCACUACACCUUUCCUCCGUUUUGUACAGAUGAAGUUGGAAAAAAACUAGGCCUUAACCGGCGUGAAGUUGGUCAUGGAACACUUGCUGAAAAAGCAUUGCUUGCUGUCAUGCCCCCUGAAGAGGAUUUCCCUUAUACAGUUCGUAUAAAUUCAGAAGUUAUGGCUUCAGAUGGCUCCACGUCUAUGGCAAGCGUUUGUGGAGGCAGCAUGGCGUUAAUGGAUGCCGGAAUUCCUCUGAAGGCUCAUGUUGCAGGGGUCUCCGUUGGUCUAGUCACUGACGUUGAUCCAUCAAGUGGAGAAAUUAAAGACUACCGUAUAGUAACCGAUAUAUUGGGUUUGGAAGAUCAUCUAGGAGAUAUGGAUUUCAAGAUUGCCGGCACAAGAAAUGGUGUGACGGCAAGUCAACUGGAUAUCAAGCCAGCUGGAAUACCAUUAGACAUAGUUUGUGAAGCCUUAGAAAAUGCACGUAAAGCCCGUCUUCAGAUUCUUGACCAUAUUGAGAGAGAAAUUAGUUUCCCACGAGACCAGGAUGGGACUAAUUCCCCUCGGCUAGCAACUUUGAAGUACACCAACGAUGCACUUCGUAGCUUGAUCGGACCUAUGGGUGCCCUCAAGAGGAAGAUUGAAGAGGAAACAGGUGCAAGGUUGUCAAUUGAUGAUGGAACACUAACUAUUGUUGCCAAGAAUCAGGCUGUGAUGGAUAAGGUUCAAGAAAAGGUUGACUACAUUAUUGGUCGCGAAAUAGUUGUUGGUGGCGUGUACAAAGGCACAGUGACAUCUAUAAAAGAGUACGGCGCAUUUGUUGAGUUCAAUGGUGGUCAACAAGGCCUACUACAUAUGUCUGAGUUAUCUCAUGAACCAGUCUCCAAGGUUUCAGAUGUAUUACAUAUUGGCAAGUACAUCACUAUGCAGUGCAUUGACACCGAUGUCCGUGGUAACAUAAAGCUAUCUCUCAAAGCACUGUUACCCAAACCAAGAUCUUGUCCUGAAAAAAGCCCGGUGGUGAAAGAGACAGUCUCUGUAGAAACGUCUAGUUUUGGAGAGACAGUUGCAAGCCUGCCCAGUGUCGUGGAGCCACCUCAGAAAUCGAAAUUAGCUGUACCUGCAGUUGUCAUCCGUACUGCUGUGGAGUGUGAAGAGGCAGAGAAAUCUUCUCAUGUGGACAAGAACGCUAAACCUAAACGCGCUGCGACAAAGAAGCCAGACCGGAAACCCAAAUCUUCUCAGACUGUGACAGAGAAGGAAGAGGAGACACUCAAAUCCACUCCUACAGAAGAAACUCUGGAUAACUUUGGUAAGAAACCUUCUAGGAAGGAGAAACAAUCAGAGAGCGAAGCUGAAGAGAGUCCUUCAAUGAGUGCCCGGAAACUGAAGAUCGGAACAGAAAUGACAGCUAAAGUUCACCAGGUUCGAACACAUGGACUGGUUCUUGAUUUAGGUGGUGGAAUCCGCGGGAUGUACAAAUUCGAGGGCGAUGGAGAGACAGAGUUUGGGAUUGGAGACACAUUGCAGGUGAAAUGUACUAGUUUUAGUAGUAAAGGAAUCCCUGUGAUGGCUUUGGUUGAUGAAGAGGAUGUUUAAUGGGCUGAGUAGACUGAGUAGUCAUGUAGUUUGGCCUUGGUUCGACUUAGUUAUGAGAACUGGAGAGUAGGAUCGAGGAGGAAUUGGAAUUGGAACCAGACCGGUGAUUGUUGGCGUAUCGUUUUGUCUCUAUACUAUUUUUAGCAAAUAUAAACUAACUUUUUGUUUGAACAUCAAGCAAAAAAAAAUCAAAUAAAAAGGAUGUUUAUCACGGAUUUUCAGAGGGUAUUUAGGAGAGGGUGACGCUCUUCCCUUGUAAACAUGACGGAAUUACAAUCAUUGACAAGGAUGUGUAUGAAUUUAUCAAUCUAUUAUAUUAAAAGACACGUCA